UGUGUUAGCUGGUGGACCUUCUGUAGCAAAGAGUGAAAAAAAUAGAUAACUUUUGAUCGACAAUGUCCUUCAGUUUCGAGCGGAGCGUGUUUUACAAGACAAUAUGAAGACAAUAUUGUAUUUCCAUCCGUGUUACAAAAUGUUUCACUUGAAUUGCCGCAGUGCACGAUGGGACGGAUUGACCAUCGGUCGUUCACGAUCUUCAAAAGUUGAUUCUGAGAUACAAUUUGAGCGCGAUACGUACUGCAGGAGAUACAACACAUUGCGACAGCACGACAAAAUGGCAAACCCGCGAUAUCGAGGAUACGUAACGCACUUGUGAUUUCAACGCUCUCGUGUUAUUUUCGGCGUCUCGCAUUAGCGGAGCUGCAACGUUGGAAUCAUAGUCACAUCACGGAUGUACAAAGUGGCUUUCAAGAGCCACGCUGACGCUUCAGGAUGGUGGGAGUGUGCUGUAUCUUCUGCGGGCCGCAUCAUUUGGGUCCCAUCCAACGACGGUGGCACACAUCGUAUCAGGGCCGAAGCAUCGAGAUGAGUCUCUCCAGCAAGGACAAGGACACAGUCAAGACCUUCUGGUCUCUGGCGUCCAAAAGGGCAGACCUCAUCGGAAGCGAAGCUCUGACCAGGAUGAUCUUCGUGUACCCCCAGACCAAGACCUACUUCGCCCACUGGAAGGACUUGAGCCUCGGUUCGGCUCCGGUCAAGAAGCACGGCAAGGUGAUCAUGGGCGGCGUCAACGAAGCCAUCGGCAAAAUCGACAACCUGACCGCGGGUCUGCUGAGCCUCAGCGAGCUGCACGCCUUCACCUUGAGGGUGGACCCCGCCAACUUCAAGAUCCUGGCCCACUGCAUCCUGGUGGUGAUGGCCAUCCUGUUCCCCAAGGAGUUCACCCCAGAGGUCCACGUGAGCAUGGACAAGUUCUUGGCCGCCCUGACCCUGGCCAUUAGUGACAAGUACAGAUGAACGGCGAGAAUCCCACCAAAGGCGCAACCAUGGCGACAGAAUGGCAUUCAACUACCUCAAUCUCUGUCAGGCUCAAAAUGCAAUAAAUGAUC